AAACGCCAUAUUGGAUUGUUGACUGGUUCUCUGGAAACCGAUAGUCGACGAUUUCGAAGCAAACAACAACACCACCGACUCAUCAACAUGCCAGCUAAAGCAGAAGAUAUUCUCAAGGGAUUCAGGCUCAACUGGAUGAACUUGAGAGAUGCUGACAAUGGGAAAAUCAUGUGGCAAUCCAGUGAUGAUCUAUCUGCACCUGAAUCUGAACAUGAAGCUCGCGUCCCCAAGAAGAUCCUAAAAUGCAGAGCAGUAUCAAGGGAGUUAAAUUUCUCCUCUCAGGAAGCCAUGGAGAAAUUCCGUCUUGAACAGAGGGUCCUCUUCAAAGGGAAAUGUUUAGAAGAGUGGUAUUUUGAGUUUGGCUUUGUCAUCCCUGGUUCUACAAACACAUGGCAGUCUGUUAUAGAGGCCGCUCCAGAGAGUCAGAUGAUGCCAGCAAAUGUACUCAAUGGCAAUGUAGUCAUAGAAACCAACUUCUUCGACGGCGACAUGAUGGUCAGCACAUCCAAAGUGAGGAUAUUCUAUGUCUAGCAUUACCAUGGCAAUGCUGCUGAGGGGAGAUGUUUGUCUUUAACAGGUUGGGUUGGGGGGGAUGGGGAGCUCUCAUUGCAGAAGAGGAAGAAAAAUUUCACUCAGUCUGGAUUAGUCGUCUUGAAGUGUGAGCUUUGUCAAGGGGCGUCUUUUUGUUCGUUUAGAGAUUUUCUCAAUUUCUGUUGAUUUCUCUUGAACAAGAAAUGCUGUUUGACAGGGAGACAUUUCUAUUCAUUUUAGUAAAGCAUGGUUUCAACAAAUAUUGUUCAUGGAAAGUUGAGAUAUAUAUAGACUACACUGUCAAAUCAUGAACACAUGGGUUAUAGUAUAUAUUGAUAUUGUGUCUAUAACCCUGUUGAUGGACAUAGGAAAGAUGAUUUUCCUGCAUAUAUAAGACUGUUAACUUUAUUCCAUGAAACUUGAAUUAAAAAGGAAAAUAGAGUUUUAAAUGAAAAUAUAAAGAUUUAUGUCCUAUCUGAAAGAUCUGUGAUAUUUGUUGCCAUGGUUUUCGAAAGUUUGUAUUUUGUAUCCAAAACAUACCACAUUUAUUUAUGUGCAAGUUUUACGAUCACUUGAAACCCAAUGAUGGGUGUUUUUUCUGAAGUAACAUGUCAUUUAUUUAGAGAGCUCACCCAUGGAAAUGUAUUUUGUUCCAACAUUGUGCACCUCAUCAAGAUAUUGUGCCUAGCAUUGUGUUUAGUGUGAUAUACACAUGUUCUUUCAACAUUCCAUCCACCUUGUCACGGGGACUGUGUCAACACUCAGAAAUAAUUA